UCCCCUCCAUCACCAGGCAAGUGUGUUAUUGGGGGCGCUCAUUCCUGAGUAGAGGCUUCCCUGGGAGCAGGUGGAGCAGAGUCAGAGUCAGUCAGUCAGUGAGAGUCAGAGUCAGUCAGUGAGAGUCAGAGUCAGUCAGUGCGAGGGGAGCAGCAGAGCCAGUGGAGCAGCAGCAGCAGCAGUGAGUGGAGGCAACAGAUCUUUGUGUCUCUCUUCGAGGCCGAGGUGGAUGGAGUUGGGGGUCGUGUGUGGACAUUGAGCUAAAAGUUUUCUCCCCUGAUCUCUGGAUUCUUCUAUUGGGGGUUGGGGGGCUGCAAUAGACUGUGAGCUCCUGGGACAAACUCGGGCCCCUGAGGAAUCAUGUUCCAACCUGCAGGAAAGCGCUGCUUCACUAUCGAAUCUCUGGUGGCGAAGGACAAUCCCUUGAGCUCCGAGGAGCCCCUCCGACCCGCGACCCUCCAGUACCCCGCGACCCCAGCAGAAGCCUUUGUCAGUGGCUUCCCCAGCCCGGCCGGACGCUCCAUCUAUAACAACCCGGAGCUGGUCUUCCCCGAAACUGUCACCCACCCGCCUCUGACUGUCAGUCACCCCCACCAGCUCGGGGCGCCCCACCUGCAGCACCCACACUCCUUCUUCGCACCCCAACACAGGGACCCCCUCAACUUCUACCCCUGGGUCCUCAGGAACAGGUUCUUCGGACACAGAUUUCAAGGCAGCGACGUUUCCCAGGAGUCUUUGCUCCUCCACGGCCCAUUCGCCCGAAAACCCAAGCGGAUCAGAACGGCCUUCUCGCCGUCACAACUGCUCAGGCUGGAGAGAGCGUUUGAGAAGAAUCAUUAUGUGGUGGGGGCCGAACGCAAACAGUUGGCCAGUAGCCUCAGUCUGUCUGAGACCCAGGUGAAGGUUUGGUUCCAGAACAGAAGGACAAAAUACAAGAGGCAGAAACUGGAGGAGGAAGGUCCGGAUUCUGAUCAGAAGAAGAAAGGGUCUCAUCACAUCAACCGGUGGCGAAUGGCCACCAAACAGCCCAACGGAGAAGACAUUGAUGUCACCUCCAAUGACUAGUUGGGUCAGUUGUGAGAGUCAAUGUAGGGAUGAGACUGGAGACAAACGCCCAAGGAUUUCACUGACACAGAAUCUGAACAAGCUCAGACGCCAAGGAGAACUAUUAGAGACCUGCUAACACUUAGGCCCAAGGGCAGCAGGAUUAACCCACGGGAGGAGGAUGAGGAACAUGUGCACUUGUUCUGUGAAGGACGGAGAUGGACUGCUCCAACCUAUGGCUGAUAUCUCUCAUGGACUUCCAUCAGCCUCAAGCCUGUCCAUCAGCAACUGGUCCAAGCAAAACUUCUCACUUGUCCUCUGUCUUGUUUUUUGGCCCUUUCCCCUGUUUUUUCUAAUUUUUAAUUUAUUUUCUUUUCAUGAUAUAAAAAAGAAGUAGCUAUUACCAAUUUAGUGUUUAAAUGUGUGUUAAUAAAUAUCAUCUGGAAACAUCAA